AGUAACCGCUUUAUUCGUAACCCGACCAGCUGUUUAGUGUUCAGUGAUGUCUCCCAGAACUUUAGUAACGUCCCUGAAACUUCUCUGCCUGAAAAUUAUCUCAAACAAACUUAUCUACGCCCUCUCCGACGACGAGGGAAAGAACUACGAAAUAGUCUCUAAUUACUUAACACCGACCACUUUCGAAGUUCUGCAGGAUUUGCUAAAAAUAAUUCUCGAUUCCGUGAAUUUGGAUGCAAGUAUUCGGUUCAGUUGUAUCGAAAUAUUACUCAGGGAGGAUGUUAGAAAAUUGGAUACGGGGAUGUUUCCCCAAUUCUACUACGACAAAAUUCUCAGAGUGAUUACUGAACGUGGACAGGGUUUGCAGCAUCUCAAUUUGAAGGGCGUUUGGGUGAGGGAUUUUCCGGAUUUAUUAAGUCAACUUGUGAGAAGUUUGAAAGGUUUGAAGAGUUUGUUUAUCCCCCAUAUGGCGAAUGACGAUGUCAUUGAAGCAAUAUUGACGUUGGAACAUUUGAGGGUAUUAGACAUUAGUGGGGAAGCUUGUUUUACAGGCGAUGGUGUGAAGCAUCUUAGAAGCAACACGUUGCAGAUGUUGAGCAUAGGUUAUUUUGGAAAGUUGAAUAUCUGCGAAACCGAAGAAAAUAGCGGAAUCCAAUUGAUCUCGCACUUAUUAAAAAAUUUACCAAAUCUAAUAUCACUAAGAACGUAUUCUUAUACCGGCAGAGCAGUCUCAUUACUUCACAGCGAAUUCCCCGAUUACAAAACUAACUUAAAGUAUCUUCACGACACCGGAACUUCCAAAGGCAUAAUGGAGAGCAUGUUAAAUUUGUGUCCCGACUUGGAAAACUUACAUUUGGACGGAGCCGAGUGUGGUGUCCUCGAAAAACUAGGGAAAUUAAGGAAACUCAAUACUUUGAAACUAACUAAAUGCGACGUAGUUGAAUUUCUGACGUUUCUCAGACAGUCCGGAUCUCAAUUGCACACCCUUAAAUUAAAUCAUAAUAAAAAUACGUCUCUUGAUCUUUCGGAAAUUUGUCUUUUAGCUCCCAAUUUACAAACUUUAGAGUGCUAUCAUAUGAAACUAACUCAUACUAAUUUAGACACGUAUUUCAUGUCUUUAGUGAAUGUGGAAUUCUCUUAUUGUGAAGUGUCUGAUGAUGUUAUUAGAUUUGUUUUCACAAAUUCGCCGUUUCUUAGAAAGAUUUCAGUUGGUUCGGUUAUAAAGAUGACUGAUGGUGAUAUGUUCAGAUUAUGCGCUGAAUGCGAUCUAAUCAACUUAGAAGAACUGUGGUUUUCUUGUGCAAUGUGGCUGACCUCUACCACCGUGGAAUUAUUAAUGGGACAUUGUCCUAAAUUGAAAGUUAUAGGGCACAUGGACGGAUGGGAUGUUUCACAAGAAGAUAUCGAGUAUUUAAGAGCUGUAGUUAUUUGUACAAAUACCGAUUUGACUUUAUUUCCAGCAAAUGAUUUGUAGCUAUUUCUGCUCAAAUUGUUUGAGGAUCAGAAAGCUACGAGAUGUAUGUUGAUGACCCAGCAAGGACCCAGAAAGAUCCAUUGAUCUAGACCACUACGACCUACUAGGAUCACUAUUUAAAUUUUCAUAAAUUCAUAAUUGGAUGUGGCUUUAUUGUUCUCCAUGGAGGUACCUCCAAAACACGUGCUAUGAACGCAUCAAUCGCUUCUUCAGGUGUAGAAAACCGACCUCGAAAUGUAUUUUUAAUCUAUGGGAAAACGGAAAAAUCAUUGGGUGUCAAAUAAGGACUAUACGGUGGCGGAAAAAUCGAUUCAAUGUUUUGAUUUUGACUGUUUAAUAACGUCUGCUGUUGGAUUAAUCCACGUCGAAAGUCAUAGAACUGACAACACGUUCUUAGUACGUAUAAAAAUUAAAUAGCAGCAUUCGUAUUUCGAAAAAAGAACUAAUUUCCAAACUAUAUUUUCCUGUUAAGUGUAUGAGUAUUAUUUCAUUGUUAUUACAAUUUAUUACAAUGUUUAAAA